UUGUGCUGUGACAAAUACAAACUCCACAUGUGCAUUUAUAAUAAUAAUAAAUCACUAAAAAACAGUUUUCUAAAUAAAAAAUAAAAAGGAAUAUUUACAAUGGGAUCAUCAAAUUCAAAAUCAAUUAAAUUUUAUAAUGAAUCAAUAAAAUCAGUCAGCAAAAAACAUCCCUUAAUUGACGAAGACGAGUGGAGAAAUAGAGUCAAUUUUCCUUGGUACAAUAUUCAUACAAUAAAUUUCAAUGAUUUUUUAAAUUUAUCCCAAAAAGAUGUGACAUUUAUAUUGUCAAAUUGUGGUGGUUAUUUAAACAAAUUAAUUCUCAAUGAUAAUUGUGGCUCAUCAAUAAUGUCAACUGUCAAAAAACACUGUCAAAAUUUGGAAGAGCUUGAAUUUAAUUUUCGAUAUAUAAACGAGGAUGAUUUCACUGAUGCAUUUACAAAAAUGAGAAAAUUAAAAUGUCUCAUUGUAAAGAUUGAUUUACCAUCUGAUUCAAAAAAAGAAAUUCCAGUUGAUAUGACAAAAAUAUUGUCUAGUCUUCAAGACAAUAUCAUUGAAAUUUUAUUAUUAACAAACAAAAAAACAAUCGGAGCCAACAAGUGUCUCCAUAAUUUACCCCAAUCAUUGGAAAGAUUUAAUAACCUUUGUCAUUUGUCAUUGAAAGAAUAUAAAAUUAACAACAAUGACAUAAUGCAAAUAUCAAGAAUAAAAUCAUUGAUUGAAGUUAAUUUUUAUUUUUGUAAAUUUGAAGAUGACACGUUUGUAUUGAAACUUGGCAAUUUAGAAAUAUUAAAUUUUGAGUCAAUGACAGGUAUUGAUAAUUGUCUAGCUAAUAUUUCAAAUGAAUCAAAAUAUUUAAGACAGUUGAGUAUAAAAAAUUGUAAAGUAUCUGCAAGUGUUUUAAAAGAGCUAUCAAAUAUUGUUCACUUGGAACAAUUGAAUGUACAAAAUGUCCAGAGUGUUGAUGAUAUUUUCAUCAACAGCAUUGUUGAUAAGUGUCGAGUACUAAAGUAUCUUGAUGUAUCACAUUGUUGUAAUAUAUCUUGUGGUGCUCUUGUUGAAAUAUCAAAUAUAAAAAAUUUAGAAUAUUUAGAUAUUAGUAAAACUGAAAAUAUAAAUGACAGUGUUAUUAUUAAAAUAGCAAAUUGCUGUGAAAAAUUAAAACAUUUGUUGAUUGAAUCAUGCAGCAAUGUGUCUCAUUCAGCUCUCAAUGAAUUAGGUAAAUUAAAUAAUCUUGAAACACUUUGCUUGGUUGACAUUAAUAAUGCUGGAGAUGAAAUUUUUAAUAAUAUGUCUCAAUUGAGGGUAUUAAAAUGUAAUUGGUGUUUCAAUGUAACUGACAUUGGUAUCAUGAAAAUUAUUAAAAAUUCACCAAAUCUUAAAACCCUGAUGCUUUGUCGAACUGGUAUAACACGACAAACACUUGCUUGUGCUGCAAAAUCAACUAAAAAAAGAAUUAAUAAUAUUCAAUUAGAAGUCAUUACAGAUCAAAAAAUAUGUGAAGCUUAUGAAAGACUGGAUCAUUAUUUAGGACCACUUAUAUCAUUCAAGGGUCUUGAUUUGUACAGUAGAAAUUAA